AUGCUGGGCCGGACCCUCCGAGAAGUUUCUGCAGCACUGAAACAAGGCCAGGUUACACCAACCGAGCUCUGUCAGAGAUGUCUCUCCCUCAUCAGGAAGACCAAGUUUCUAAACGCUUACAUCACUGUAUCAGAAGAAGUGGCCUUAAAGCAAGCCGAAGAAUCAGAGAAAAGGUAUAAGAAAGGUCACUCACUGGGGGAUUUAGAUGGAAUUCCUGUUGCAGUAAAAGAUAACUUUAGUACGUCUGGCAUUGAGACAACCUGUGCAUCGAACAUGCUGAAAGGUUAUGUACCACCUUAUAAUGCCACAGUGGUUCAGAAGUUGUUGGAUCAGGGAGCUCUACUAAUGGGAAAAACAAACUUAGAUGAGUUUGCUAUGGGAUCUGGAAGCACAGAUGGCAUAUUUGGACCAGUUAAAAACCCGUGGAGUUAUUCAAAACAAUAUAGAGAAAAGAGGAAGCAGAACUCUCACAGUGAGAAUGAGGAUUCAAAUUGGCUCAUAACUGGAGGAAGCUCGGGAGGAAGCGCAGCGGCCGUGUCAGCGUUCACGUGCUUUGCGGCUUUAGGAUCAGAUACAGGAGGAUCAACCAGAAAUCCAGCUGCCCACUGCGGGGUGGUUGGUUUAAAACCAAGCUAUGGCCUAGUUUCUCGUCAUGGUCUCAUUCCUCUGGUGAAUUCAAUGGAUGUGCCAGGAAUCUUAACCAGAUGUGUGGAUGAUGCAGCCACUGUGUUGGGUAUACUAGCUGGGCAUGAUCCCAAAGAUUCUACCACAAUUCAAGAUCCUGUUAAACCAUUUACGCUUCCCAGUUUGACAGAUGUGAGCAAACUAUGCAUUGGAAUUCCAAAGGAGUAUCUUACACCAGAAUUGUCAAGUGAAGUACAAUCUCUUUGGUCCAAAGCUGCUAAUCUCUUUGAGUCUGAAGGGGCCAAAGUAAUUGAAGUCUCCCUGCCCCAUACCAGCUACUCAAUUGUGUGCUACCACGUAUUGUGUACAUCGGAAGUGGCAUCGAAUAUGGCAAGAUUUGAUGGGCUAGAAUAUGGUCACAGGUGUGACAAUGACGUGUCUACUGAAGCCAUGUAUGCUGUAACCAGGCGAGAAGGGUUCAAUGAUGUCGUGAGAGGGAGAAUCCUCUCAGGAAACUUUUUCUUAUUAAGAGAAAAUUAUGAGAAUUAUUUUGUCAAAGCACAGAAAGUGAGACGGCUCAUUGCUAAUGAUUUUGUGAAUGUUUUUAACUCUGGAGUGGAUGUGCUGCUAACUCCCACGACCUUGAGUGAGGCAGUGCCCUACACAGAAUUCAUCAAGGAAGACAACAGGACGCGCAGUGCCCAAGAUGACAUCUUUACACAGGCUGUCAAUAUGGCAGGAUUGCCAGCAGUGAGUGUCCCUAUGGCCCUCUCAAGCCAAGGGUUGCCAAUAGGACUACAGUUUAUUGGACGUGCAUUUUGUGACCAGCAGCUUCUUAGAGUUGCCAAAUGGUUUGAAAAACAAGUCCAGUUUCCUGUUAUUCAACUUCAAGAACUAAUGGAUGAUUGCUCAUCAGUCUUUGAAAAUGAAAAGUUAGCUUCUGUUUCUCUAAAAUAG